GAUAAGAUCCAGAGGAAUAGGCCAGUGGAAGACCAAUAACAGCUGUUCUUCUUUUCCCCGACCACAACGUCACUCGACAGUUGAUUCAAAUCCUAUAAAUUCCAACUGCUCUUCUUCAUUUUCAAUAUCAAACGUUUCUUGCCUUAUUCGAACAAUAUCUGCUCUGCUCAACACUGACUCUUCCACGACGUCGGAGAAAUGGCUGGAGGGUUUGUCAGUCAAACGCCGGGAGUUCGAAACUAUAAUUACAAACUGACACCUAAAGUGUUCAUAACAUGUUUCAUCGGUGCUUUUGGUGGUCUCAUCUUCGGAUACGAUCUCGGGAUCUCAGGAGGGGUAACCUCAAUGGAGCCGUUCUUGGAAGAGUUUUUCCCUCACGUGUACAAGAAGAUGAAGAGCGCACAUGAGAAUGAGUACUGUCGUUUCGAUAGUGAGCUUCUCACUCUCUUCACUUCGUCUCUCUAUUUAGCGGCUCUGGUCUCUUCCUUAUUCGCCUCCACGAUAACCCGAAUUUUUGGAAGGAAAUGGUCUAUGUUUCUUGGUGGUUUCACCUUCUUUGUCGGCUCUGCUUUCAACGGCUUUGCCCAAAACAUAGCCAUGCUUCUCAUCGGUCGUAUUCUACUCGGUUUCGGUGUCGGAUUUGCCAAUCAAUCUGUUCCGGUUUAUCUGUCGGAAAUGGCACCUCCGAAUCUUAGAGGAGCGUUCAACAACGGGUUUCAAGUAGCAAUCAUAUUUGGUAUUGUUGUUGCAACGAUCAUCAAUUACUUCACUGCACAGAUGAAAGGGAACAUUGGGUGGAGAAUCUCCCUAGGGUUAGCUUGUGUCCCUGCAAUGAUGAUCAUGAUCGGAGCUCUGAUCCUUCCCGACACUCCAAACUCCCUCAUCGAACGUGGCUUCGCUGAAGAGGCCAAGGAAAUGCUUCGAUCUCUCCGAGGAACCGAUGAAGUGGAAGAAGAGUUUCAAGAUCUCAUUGAUGCAAGCGAGGAGUCUAAGCAAGUGAAACAUCCAUGGAAGAACAUCUUGCUUCCACGUUACAGACCACAGUUGAUCAUGACUUGCUCCAUUCCUUUCUUCCAACAACUUACCGGAAUCAAUGUCAUUACAUUUUACGCUCCCGUUCUGUUCCAAACCCUAGGGUUCGGUAGUAAAGCCUCGCUCUUAUCAGCUAUGGUAACGGGUAUCAUCGAGCUCUUGUGUACCUUCGUCGCUGUUUUCACAGUUGAUAGGUUUGGAAGAAGAGUCUUGUUCCUCCAGGGAGGUAUCCAGAUGCUUAUCUCUCAGAUCGCUAUUGGAGCCAUGAUUGGAGUUAAAUUUGGAACAGUUGGAACAGGGAACAUAGGGAAAACAGAUGCUAAUGUUAUCGUGGCACUGAUCUGCAUCUAUGUAGCGGGUUUCGCCUGGUCAUGGGGACCGCUGGGAUGGCUGGUCCCUAGUGAGAUAUCUCCACUAGAGAUCCGAUCAGCAGCACAAGCCAUAAACGUUGCGGUCAACAUGUUCUUCACAUUCCUUGUAGCUCAGCUCUUCCUUACAAUGCUUUGUCACAUGAAAUUUGGACUAUUCUUCUUCUUUGCGGUGUUUGUCUUAAUUAUGACAAUAUUCAUCUACUUGAUGUUGCCUGAGACGAAGAAUGUACCAAUCGAAGAGAUGAAUAGAGUGUGGAAGGCACACUGGUUCUGGGGAAGGUUUAUUCCUGAUGAAGCUGUUGGUGUUAGUGCUGCUGAGUUGCAACAAAAGGCGGUGUGAUGAUGAUGAUGAUGGAACAAAGUUUUCUUUGGGCAAAAGACUUGUGAGAAAACAUGAAAAGAGAAAGGUGAUGAUGAUUCAAAGGAUGAAAUAAGAAUGAAAUGUCGAAUAAUGUGUUUAUUCUUGAAAGAAAGCUGCUCUGCUUUUGUAAAGCAGAGACUUAGCUUUCACUUAGUUUGUUCUUUCUUCUUUAUUCUUUCUUCUUAUUAAAUUUCUCUUUGUUGCAAUUGAAGUUUCGACCUAACAUUCCUGUUAGUAUUUAUUUGGAAAAAAGAGUUAUAAUGUUAAAUCGAGAAACAAGAAUAGUCAACGGUAGAUAUUUCAGCUGUAUCAGAAAGUGCUGGUUACCAUUUUCUUAUAUGAUUGGAGUAACCGUUUCAUCGAGGACGUAUCUGCUCCACCUUCUCUCUAAAAGGAACCACCGCAUCUCUGUCCGUUUUCCGGCGGUCGCUGCCACGGGCGGCCGCUGGACAUCCGUCCGUUGUUGUUUUCUUUCUUUUUUUCGCCGUUCCGUCCCUCUAUCCUUCGUCGUCCCUGUUUCUCUGCGGUUAGAGGGAGUCGUGUGUCUGGAUCUCAGAUCUGGUCGACCCAAAUACAGAUCUGGGUUUGCGAUGGCUGUGGUCGCUUGAGGAAGGCUUCUACCAGUACUGUGUCUAACCUUCGUCCGUCUAGGGUUUCCAGGUGGUUUUCCCGAGCUUCAGGUUCGCUUCUCCGAGUGUGGUGGCGUGUGCAGCUGGAAACCCAGAUCUGUAUUUGGGUCGUCUUGCUUCUUCGGUGUUGCGUUUGUGUGUCGUGUGAGGCGCUGUGUUGUGUGGAGUUGGGGCUCUUGGUCCGCCAGAUUCUGGUAGGCUCUGUGUCUCUCUGCUUUCUCUGUGGUGUUGCCGCCAUCUUGGUGGCCAUUGUGGAAAGGUGAGUGAGGUUUACAAGUGUAUGUGACUUGACGUAUUGCUUGAGCUUGGGAGUUCUGCUUCUUUUCGUUGAAGUCAUCUUCAGUGGUUUUGAUCUUUGACGAUAAGAACCUUUGCGAGACCAUUUCUAGUGUUUGAAAGGAGAUAGAUGUUUUUUCUGGAGCUUUUGCUUCAGUGAUGGUCGAUUGCCGCUGAUUUGCUCGUGUUAAUGUUGGAUUUGGAGUGGUUUUUAUCUAGUUACCGGCUGUUGAAUAAGACGUAGUCGGGAAGCUUUCUUAGGCUUUGCCUUAGGGUGAUGGUAUGAUGGUGCGUAUGAGGCGCGUGGAGAACUCUUUCAAGGUCCAAUGGCGAGACUUAGUUGGGAUUGAAGGGUGUUUACAGCGACGGUUAAAGAUUCUAACCUCUUUUAGUUCAGUUAUAUGUAUUGGUGAUGUUCGUGUGCUUCCAGUCCUUCUUGUUACUCCUUUCUACUGGUGUUAGUGGGUGAUGAGGUCUCGCUAGGUAAGUUCAUCUUCGAGUGCAUGGUUGAGCAUUCCUUGCUGAAGCUUGGUUAUCACUCUUCUGCCUUUUGUCUCCUUUUUCUUGGUUAUAUAUUAGCUUUAAGAGUGUGUGUUAUUCUUUUGGCUCCGGGUGGUACUUGUUACCUUGCCGGCUCUUGGCUUCGGGUGGUACUUGUUACCUCGCCGACUCUUGGCUUCAGACAAUAUCGUUAUUGUAUGCGUGUAACCGAAUGUUUGAUAUAAUCUUAAUCUACCGGAUGA